AUGAUGAAUAGAUAUGAGUCUGUAAUCAGCGACGGUAUUGGUCACGCUAAAGGCUUCAGUGCGAAAUUAACGCUGAAAGACGAUGCCACACCCAAGUUCAUGAAGGCAAGGUCGGUUCCGUUUUCAAUGAAACCAAAAAUCGAGAAAGAACUUGACAACCUUGAAAGACAAGGGAUAAUAACGAAAGUAAAUACCAGCGAAUGGGCUACACCAAUCGUACCUGUUUUGAAAUCAACGGGAGAUGUCAGGAUCUGCGGAGAUUUCAAGGUCACGGUCAACCAGGCGCUGAAGGUUGACAAAUAUCCACUUCCACGUGUUCAUGACAUUUUCGCUAAUCUGUCACAGGGACAAAAAUUCACGAAACUGGAUUUACGCCAGGCGUACCUACACUUGGAGGUCGACGACGACAGCAAGGAGUUACUGACAAUCAAUACACAUCGGGGACUAUACCGCUAUAACCGGUCUGUGUAUGGAAUUUCCUCACUUCCAGCGAUAUGGCAGCGCACAAUGGACACAAUACUUCAGGGAAUUCCGGGAGUACAGUGUAUACUGGAUGACAUGAUUGUCACAGGGGACAGUGAUCAAUCGCACCACGAAAACCUUGAAAAAGUGUUAUCACGCUUGAGUGAUUAUGGAUUAACAAAGAUAAGUGUCAAUUCUUUCAGGACAAUGUUACAUAUUGUGGUCAUGACAUUGAUAAAAUAA